CUUACAUCGUCUCUCACAUUGGUGCUCCCUCAGGGAGGCACCAAUUCUAACUUGUUCUUCCCUUGUUUGUGUUCAUCUUCUCAGAAAAACACAACCAAGGGAAGGGGUUCUGCUCCUUUCUUUUCUGCCUAACAUAUUCGGAAGAGGAGGGAAACAAAUUAACACGCCUUGACCAUCACCAUUACCAAGUGGUGCUUAUUGGUUGUGUUGUUGAUCAUUUUAGAGAUUCCAAAAAAUGAGCAACACAACGACGAUGGCACCGUUUGAUCUCUCAAAUAGAUCCAUCAUUUGCUACACGCCAACCAUGACAACAACCAAUGGCCUAUGGCAGGGAGAUAACCCUUUUGAUUACUCCCUUCCUCUCUUUAUCUUUCAAUUAACGUUGGUGGUAUUUGCCACACGUUUCUUUGUUUUCAUCCUCAAGCCGUUUCGCCAACCGCGUGUCAUUGCUGAAAUCAUGGGUGGAUUGUUAUUGGGUCCAUCAGUGUUUGGUAGAAAUGAAAGAUUUGCCAAUGCUAUAUUCCCUUUGAAAAGUGUGAUGGUGAUGGAGACAAUGGCAAACAUGGGUCUCAUAUACUUCCUCUUUCUGGUUGGGUUAGAAAUGGACAUUUCGAUUAUCAAACGCGCAGGAAAAAAGACACUGUCCAUAGCCAUUGCUGGAAUGAUAUUGCCCUUUUUGGUUGGUAUUGGUCUCUCAUCUUUAAUAUUAGUGGACGACAAAAGCAUGAGCCACCCCGGCUAUGUCCUCUAUCUUGCAACUGUUCUAUCUGCCACUGCAUUCCCGGUGCUUGCUAGAAUGCUUGUUGUGCUAAAACUCAUCAACACAGACUUGGGGAAGCUUGCUCUCUCAACUUCUCUCGUCAAUGAUGUGUGUACAUGGAUGUUGCUUGCUCUAGCUAUAGCUUUAUCAGAGCAAAACACUAGCAAUUGGGCCUCUAUUUGGGUUGUGUUAUCAAACCUUGCUUUUGUUUCUUUCUGCCUUAUUGUUGUUAGGCCAGCGGUCACAUGGUUGAUCAAGAGAACCCCAGAAGGAAAACCUUUCACUGAGUUCCAAAUAUGCAUAGUGCUCACUGGUGUUAUGAUCUCAGCCUUUAUUACAGAUGUUCUUGGAACGCAUUCUGUUUUUGGAGCUUUUGUGUAUGGCCUAGUGAUUCCAAAUGGCCCACUUGGAGCUGCUAUAAUAGAAAAGCUAGAAGACUUUGUUUCCGGGCUUUUGCUUCCUCUCUUUUAUGCCCUCAUUGGGCUUAAGACUGAUAUCAGCUUGAUCAGUGGAGCUAGUUCAUGGGCAUUUCUAUUCGUGGUGAUUCCCCUCUCUUGUGUAGGCAAGAUUGUUGGGACUAUGCUUAUGACACUUGUGUUCCAGAUACCAAACCGUGAUGGGGUUGUUCUUGGUUUGCUUAUGAACACUAAAGGCCUUGUUGAAAUGAUUGUGCUCAAUGUUGGGAGGGAACAAAAGGUCUUGGGUAAUCAAAUUUUCUCACUCAUGAUUAUUGCAACACUCGUAAUGACAGCAAUCAUUUCUCCCAUUGUAUCAUUAAUUUAUAAGCCAAGAAAAAGGCUUGCACCUUAUAAAAGGAGAACAAUGCAGAAUACAAGACUUGAUUCAGAGUUAAGGGUCCUGGUGUGCAUUCACACCCCUAGAAACGUCCCCACAAUGGUCAAUCUCCUUGAAGCAACUCACCCCCACAAAAGGUCUCCCAUAUGUGCUUAUGUGCUCCACUUGGUUGAACUCACUGGUAGAGCUUCUGCCAUGCUCAUUGUCCAUGCCAAUAGACAAUCAGGAGGUCCAGCCUUGAACAAAACACAAGCGCAAACCGACCACAUCAUCACUGCCUUUCAGAACUUUGAGGAACACGUUGGUCAUGUCCAAGUCCAACCCUUGACAGCUAUCUCCUCAUACUCCACCAUGCAUGAAGACAUAUGCAACUUGGCCGAGGAGAAAAGGGUAUCCAUGGUCAUCAUUCCUUUCCACAAGCAACAAACAGUUGAUGGAGAAAUGGAAGACACUAUUCCACAAUUCAGAAUGGUGAACCACAACUUAUUACAAAGCUCACCUUGCUCCCUUGGCAUACUUGUGGAUAGAGGCCUCAACGGAUCCAACCGCUUGAUAGGAAACCAGGCAUCUCAUGAAGUGGUUGUGUUAUACUUUGGAGGACCAGAUGAUAGAGAGGCAUUAGCCUAUGGAUGGAGAAUGUCAAGGCAUCCAAGAGUUAAGCUCAUCGUCAUGCAUUUCAUUCAAAGGAAGGAAACAACAACUCAAACUCCUCAAGAAGAUUUGUUAUUUACUAACUUGGAUCAAAGUUUCACGAAUGGGAGGGAGGAGAAACUGGAUGAGGAGUACAUAAAUGAGUUCAAGUGGGUGAUUGCAAAUGAUGACUCAGUUGUUUACGUAGACAAGUAUGUGAGUAAUGGAGAGGAAACAGUUGCAGCAAUAAGAUCAAUGACCCAUGCAAAUGACUUGUUCAUAGUAGGGAGGGGUCAAGGGAUAAUGUCACCACUAACAGAUGGUUUAACAGAUUGGAGUGAGUGUCCGGAGUUGGGAGCCAUAGGGGACUUGCUAGCUUCUUCAGACUUUGAAACAACAGCUUCAGUGUUGGUGAUGCAUCAACAUGUGGGGCAAGAUCAAGAUGGGGAGGAAAUUUUUGUGAUUGAGAGACCGUGGCAAACCAGUGAAAGCUACCAGCACAUGAAACAACAGCAACACAUGCAAAGAUACACAAUGCCAGUGGGAAUGGGACACUCUCUUUUAUAAUUAAUAAAUAUGUAUGUUUCCUUGUUCGAGUUCGAGUUCGAGGUUAGGUUUCAUUAGAGGCUACGUACCCACCUUUGAUGUGCGAUGUACCCACCUUUGAAUGCCACAAAUUGUAGAUUUUAGACAUUAAGCAAUUGGCAGUGGGGUGGGGCUUGUCUCUUCUUGCAAGACAACAAGAGGAGAAGAAGGCUGACUUCUAGUGUAUAAUAAAAAAUUAUAGCUUACUCUUCA